CUCGAGUGUUGCCAGAGUGUGCACUGAAGCUGCCGCUACGAGCACUCCGCACGUUCGGGAUGCGCGGAUGAGCGGGGGUUGGGUUGGAGGAGGAGGAGGAGGUUGUGGUGGUGCUUGUAGUUCUGUGGCUUGGGUUUGCUCGUAUCCCGGAGCCGGGACCUCGUUAGGACAUGGGAUCGCGAUAGACUUGUGAUCGCAGGGCCAGCUGCUGACAAUGAGCCCCCGUUGAAGUUGGCGUGUACGCGCUGCGCUAAAGCGGCUCCUGCGAUCAGCAUCUCACGCCCACGACGGACAGCAUGGAGCGCCCUGCUUACCUGGAAGUACUGCGAAGACAUCGGCAGCAAAGUCAUCAUCGUCCUCAGUAACACAAUAGUAAGCAGCGGCAGCAAGCAGCAUGUGGUGGUGAGGGAAGGCAUGGGCGCAAACGGCGGAAAACUCGACAGCGACACGGGGAGAGGAAGCUCCAGCAUCUCGUCGGACAUCAGCUCCAACACCGACUUCCCUCCCACUCGCAAGAGCAGAGACUCUGGCUUGAGCUCUCAGGAUGCCAUCACGCCCUGUCUGGACGUUGAUGACGUCAACUUCCUGGAGUCUCAAGCAGCCAUGAAAUCGUCGCCUCCGUCGAACGCCGACACCAAGCACACGACCGCGCUGGUCCACGCUCACCCCAAGUCUUGCAGUGACCCCAGCUCGGCACAUCCCAGACUCGAUGGCUGCUGCUCGUCUUUUCAAAAGUGUUCCAUCUCUUCUCUUCAGCACAUAGAUGGGUGUCAGCAUUCUCUUGUGAGCCAGUCACACACCCCGAUAUCCAACAAUUGUCUUUGUGUCCAUUCUGACAAGGAAUCCUCUCAUCACACCCACCACAAACAUUCUAGUUACCGUAACUGCUCCUUGCACAGUCAAACCCAUGGGCAGCAUUGCCCGGUGUCAUGUCUGGAUCAUCAUUUUCCUGCCAACUGUGACAAUGGGAAAUCCACUCCCCCACAUCUUCAGGAUUCUCAGUGUUGCACCGUAGCACAAGAGAACAGUAUAGAAAUCCUCAUGAAGCCAUUUUCUAAUCAGGAAUGUGCCAUGUCACCAUUGCCCUCCAACCUCCAAAGAUCCUGCUUGCCUCAGCGAUGUAAACUUCAGACUUCUCCCAUCUCAGAGCCUUGUAGCUACCAGCCUUCAAUUUACGAGAGGCCACUCUACAAACAAUCGCAAAAUUACCAGACACCAUCUCAACUGUAUUACAAGGAAAGAGCCUCUGCAUCCCCUCAGCCAUCUAACUUCCAGUCCGUGUCAUCUUUGCACCAGUCAUAUAAUUAUCAUUGUCCUGCCUUGACUUCAUCGUCUAAUGAACCAGACCCUCCUUCUGGUCAUCAUAAACCAACUUUGUCAAUAGUGUCUACCCACCACAGACCUAUCUCUCCACCAUUGUCUGCCCAACAGCUGGCAACUGCGCAGUUAACUUCGGAUUACAAGAGAUCACUGUCUCCAGUUUCAGCUGCUGCCCAUCCGACGUUAUCGCAGCCCUCACAUGGACACCCAAAUAGACCGUUGUCACCACCACCAUCUGCUAACCAGAGAUCACUUUCACCACCUGCCAACCAGCAGUUACUUUUGCCCCCUCUUAUUGAUGAAGAAUCACUCUCACCAACACAUACCAGUCAACAAAGGCAAUUUUCAACACGUAUUCACCAGCAGACACAACAAACCUCAACAACAUGUAACCCACAGAGACCUCUGUCACCAUCACCAAAUCCACAGAGGCCUCUAUCACCACCACCAAAUCAACAGAGGCCUCUAUCACCACCACCAAAUAAACAGAGGCCUCUCUCACCACCACCAAAUGCACAGAGGCCUAUCUCACCACCACCGAAUCCACAGAGGCCCCUCUCACCAGCACCAAAUCCACAGAGGCCCCUCUCACCAGCACCAAAUGCACAGAGGCCCCUCUCACCAGCACCAAAUCAACAGAGGCCUCUCUCACCACCACUGAAUCCACAGAGGCCUCUCUCACCACCACCGAAUCUACAAAGACCUCUAUCACCACCACCAAAUCCACAAAGACCUCUCUCACCACAGAGAUCCCUUUCUCCAUCAGCUAAUAUACACCCACCAACAUCAAACCAACAAAGACCUUUCUCACCUCUUUAUAAUCCACAAAGACCUCUUUCUCCAUCCACUAGUCUACAAAGACCUCUCUCUCCACCACCUAGCUUUCAAAGGCCUCUCUCACCAGCACCUAAUCCACAAAGACCUCUCUCUCCACCACAUAAUCUACAUAGACCUCUCUCACCACCAUUUAAUAAAGAGAGAAUUUCAAAUCCACAAUCUUCCAACCACCACUGUCAAUUUUCGUUGUCGAAUUCCAAUCACCAGGUGCCUCUCGCAGCACAGCCUGGCCUACAAAGGGCUUUGUCUCCAGUCCCACACAAUCAUCACAGGUCACUUUCUCCACCACCCAAUCACCAGAAGCCACCAUUACCACAAACAUCCAACCAUCACAGGACUGUGUCAUCCCAAGCGCACCAUCAGCAGAGACUGACUGCCCUUUCCUUGGACAACCAUCGACCUAUAUCUCCUCUCGCUUCCACCCAACAGAGAGCAUUGUCUCCAGCACCAUCCACCCCUGACAGACCCAUUUCUCCAGUACCUCCAAUGCAACAUAGGCCCCUCUCUCCACCACCCUGUAACCAUCAGAGGCCUCUUUCACCAACGCCUGCUGCAUAUCACCGGCAAAACUUUUCAUGUCCUUCAAGUCAGCAAAAGGCAAUUUUAUCACCUCAUUUUGGUCAGGAUUUGUCAUUUUUAUAUCCAGCUGUGGACAACUAUAAAGUUACUUCACCACAUGCUUUUAAGCAGAAGUCAUGUUUGAAUCAGCCUUUGACCAGUCAGAGGCCACUCUAUGUGCAGCACCUGGCAAGAAGCCACUUGUCCUCUCCACCACAAGACUCCUACUCUUCUCCGUCCUGUUCUAGUUCUUCAUCUCAUCUUUCUGCAGAUUCCCAUAAUCUUCACUGUGCACAUGUCGCUUUGCCUUCACAAGUGCACGUCACCUCCAAAUGUCCUCCAUACAAGCAGUCCCUUCAGACCAAUCUCGAGUGCGAUGACUUUUCUCAUUCCAUCAACCCCGAGCACUGCUCUUGUCAAAGUCACAAGAGCCAGCACUGCCAUUCCGGCUGUGCAAAGCCACAUGCCCCAUGCUUGCCACCGCUAAGCGAGCAGCAGGGCUCUCACGCCAAGCGCAAUGCUCUCAGUCUCUCGGACUCUUCCACCGACCACAGCAGCACCUCGGCCUCCGUCUUCCAGCCCAGUCUGAGACACAGGCACCGCGAACCACCAGGGGCACCGGAUGCUGCAGUGGUACGGGUGAGGAGCGGCCCGCUGUCCACCGAGUGGCUACCGGAUGCGGUGAUGCUGCGGGUGCUGACCCACCUACCGGUGGAGAGCCUGUGCCGCAGUGCUCGCGUGUGCCGCCGCUGGUACUGGCUCGUGUGGGACCCGCGCCUCUGGCAGACGGUUCAGCUUGGGCCCUGGGAUGAAGGCUCAGGGCCGAAUGUGGAGCGAGCACUGGACGCGUUGACGGCACGGCUGUGUCGGGACACGCCGUUCGUGUGCCUCUCGCUCGAGACGCUGGUGCUGAGUGGCUCCCCAGCGCUGGGCGACGCGGGGCUUCUCACGGUGGCCCGGCGCUGUCCAGAGCUCCGACGUCUUGAGGUGUCAGGUUGCGGCGAAAUUUCCAACCGUGGCCUCCUUGAGGUGGUGACGCGGUGCCCCAACCUGGAGCACCUCGACGUUUCAGACUGCCCGGAGAUCACGUGCGUGAGCCUCACCCCUGAGGCGUCGUGCCAGACCUGCCCUCUGCACAGCCGCCACCUGUUGCUGCGCCACCUCGACAUGUCGGGCUGCUCGGGACUCACGGAUGAGGGACUGCUCGCCGUGGCGCGACACUGCCCCCGUCUCGCCCGCCUCUACCUGCGCCGCUGCCCCGGCGUGGCGGAUGGGGGCCUGCGUGCCCUUGCGCGCCACUGCACGGCGUUGCGAGAGCUGAGCCUGUGCGACUGCCCCACGGCGACGGACGCCGGACUGCGGGACGUGGCGGCUGCGCUGGGUCCAAGGCUCCGCUAUCUGAGCCUGGCACACUGCGAGCGUGUCACGGACGUCACUCUGCGCUGCCUCGGCCGACGCUGCCCCGGGUUGCGCUACUUGAAUGCGCGCGGUUGCCCGGGCGUGACGGACCGAGGGCUUGAAUCGUUGGGUCGCGGGUGCCCGAGACUCAGAAGCCUGGACGUGGGUCGCUGCCCGCUGGUCACGGACGUCGGAUUGGAGGUGUUGGCUCGUGGGUGUCCGGGUCUGAAGCGGCUCGGACUCAAGGGCUGCGAGGGCGUUUCGGAGCGGGGGCUGCGUGGCGUGGCACUCGGCUGCCCCGGGCUGCAGCUGCUGAGCGUGCAAGACUGCAACCUGUCCCCCGACACGCUGCGAUUCGUGCAGCAGCACUGCCGGCGUUGCAUGAUCGAGCACACCAACCUGGGAUGUGUUUGACUCCUCGACGAGCGAUUUACGUUGACAACCUUGGCUUUGGUGAUGAAAGAUAAGAUAGAUUUUAGAGGUGUUGCGAACUGAAACUGUGUGCAAAAUGUUGUAUUUUAUUAUUUUGUGUAAGUCGCAAACACAUGUUCAUCGAAAUUAACUCAUUUAAAGAAUGCAAUUCAUGCCCUUGUUAUCAUUGUAAUAUGAAAAUAGCAAUGCUGCUGAUGCACUUACCUUCUAACUAAUAUGGUAUCCUGCUGUUGAUUUGAUAAGAACGUAGGUGUUGUAGGGACAUUUAUCCAAAGUGAAUCUUUUGAGCGUCGUCGCUUUUACAAAACCUGAGUAAACAUUGGUCAUUAUUUUCUGCAUCUUAUAGAACCACCACACCACAGCAGCCUGAAAUGUAUUGAGACCUUUGACCAUAUUUGUGUUUAGGUUUUAUAUCCGUCUGUGUGUGCAUUUCUUAUACGUCUUUUGUCAUUGGUGUGAAUUGCCUUGAAGGUGGCACUGUUAGGGGCUCGAUUGAGCUCCGUGUGGGAAGAUGGUGAUUCAGGAUGCAACCUGAAGCCAGGGGAGGAAAUGGAAAGGCUGCAGCAGUGAGCGCUGUGGGGAUCCCUCCUAAUGAACCCGGUCGUGUAGACGGAGUCACUUUUUUUUUAAGUUCGUUUCCACAAAAUUUCCCGAGAAUUGUUUCGGAAUGUUCUCUCCCGACGCAUUCUACCAGGUCACAGUUUGCAGUUCUCCACUGAAAUGUGGAUAUAAAGCCGUUUUCAUGCCAAACAGUUUUCUGGUGUGUGACUUAUCAUUUUUUUAACUACUAUAUAAAUGAUAACCAUAAUAAUGAUUUUUUUUUUAUAACAAACACAAAUUUCGAGAGACAGACAAACCGUUGUUUGAUCGCGAGCUCGGGAGGCGGGGAACACCGGUUCGUGGUUUUUCCUGAAUCGAAAUGAAUAAGUGCUGCGCCUUCAGCUGACUGCUGAAAGCAGAGGGAGUUUGAAUGCUUCGUAUGUGGAGUUAUCGAGAGUUACAGAUGAUGGGAGCAGCCGCAGGAAAACGCUGCUCUGCCAAGAGAGUCCUGUUUGUGAGGACGAUCGCGAGAUCUUGGGACAUGCCCCGAAGAACACGGUGCUUCUCAGUGGUAAAAGGUUUAAGGAGAGUGGAGAGAUAUGGCAGCUGACCUUGAAAGAUGGCAUGAUGACAGAGUAUGGCAAUCUUAUGCUUGUUUCUAGAUUUUUAAAGAAAACCAGAACAAGGGUUUGUGCAAGGUUUUUGGCGCAGUCAUGCAGUUCAUGUGACUGCACCCAGUACAAAUCCCUGGUGAACUAUGGCUGUGGACAUGGUGGCUGAUGAUAUCGAGUUUCCAAUCUUGGCAUAAGAUCAUCAGUUGACAUAAGACCAACAGGUAAGAUUUAAACCACUGCAGUGCCACGCAGCUGACAGCAAAAUCUGAUUCCAGGUGCUCCAUUUAGGUGUCAUGAUUAAAUGUGUUGAAGGCAGCAGAUAUAUCAAUGCAGACCAAUGUGAUAAUGUAAUUGGAGUCGACAAGCCAUAAAAAUUGUCGUCAGUGAUCUCAACAAGCGUGGUCUCAGUGGAGUGUGCUGAAUGGUAGACAGACUGGUGCGAGCAAAACAUUGGUGGAAGAGAUAAUGUAGUCUUUGAUUCUAGGAGCUUAGAGGCUGUUGAUGAAUGAGUGAUUGGGCAGUAAUUGGCAGGGUUUAAACCAAGCUUUUUAUUUUGUUGUGACCUGACCAAACUUCUUUGGCUGGGAAAAUAUAACCAGAUUCAUGAACCGUUUGCAAUGUGGGCAAUCAUGACUUGAGAGUUUGGAGCAUUGCUUGAAGAUGGUGCCCGAUAGCUGGUCAAGGGGAGAGGUGUUUUUAUUGGAGAAGUCGGAAUGAGGCAGAAUAUUUCCUGAGGCAUGACAGGUGGGAGAGAGGAAAGAUCAGAGUUGAUAGGGAUGAUUCACAACGGAGUUAAUGUGUUUGGAUGCGACGGCAGUUGACAAUAGCCAUUGGUUGUCAUGCAAGGGGAUUCGACUAGUCCAGAAUUUAAGGUUAUAUUGUUAAAUGCGUUCCCUUGGUUUGCGCCAACUAUGAAAUCUGAUGAGGGGAAGCCAUGAGAAGAGGUGAUGGUCAGUAGGUUUGACAGGAAAAUAAGAAUAAGAAUCUAAAAAAUCGUAAUAAGACCCUCAUCCAUUGAGAGGGCUUGACUUAUUUAAGACGCCAUUGAUCAUUAAUUUAAGUGCGUUCAGUCAUAACCUCUUAUGGUAACAUUCUACAACUCUGCUGCAGUUAUGGUUUGGACUCAAUGAAAAUAAGCACUUUGUUACGGGAUUAUAUUUUUUUGCAAUGUAUGCAUGUGUAAAUUAGUCUUUUAAAAGUAAUCAACUCAUAAUCCUGCACAAACUAACUUUAUUGCAAUAUGCUAGGAACAUAGCUUGCUUGGGUGUGCAGUUUGUAUGCUGGACAACAGAUUGGCUCUAUUUUCAAAUGUAAUUCAUUGUUAUUAAUUCAUUUGCUGAAAAAGAGAAAAGUUAAGCUUGGAUUAAAACACCUAGAAAGCCAUCGGCAAUUCAUGAUAUUUUAUUUGCUAUUAAACCUCUUUGCUAUAUAAUUUUUUUUACAAGCACAGUAAUACCACACAGUAUUUGUUAUUGUUAUGAAUAAACAGUUUGUGAAACCACGUUGGUGUGCAUACAGAGUAGUAGACCGGCUGAGAACAAUGUGCAUUUUAUUUACUUAAAUAAACAUGUAAAUUGCAUUUUCAUCCAACCAAUUAUGAAUGAUUACUGUAAUCGAGUUGGUCCAAGAAAAGCAUGCAGCCAGGCCUUGUAAGUGGCUUCCAUGCCUGAUGUUGAUUUAAAUGUGCCUGGGAAAAGAUAAGAUUAGUGAGUAGAGCAAUUAAGUGGUCAUCCUAUAAAGUAAUUUAAAACAUUAUUAUUUUGCAGGAUAUCCGUGAAAGUAUCAUGCAUUAUUCAUGUGAUAUUAUGAGACAAGCAACUUGAGCCAGGUUGAUUAAGCGAUACAUGAUCACCACACACACUUGGUAGUACGGUGCUGUAUAUAUUGUUGUAUGAGUAUUGUUCCUCUAAAUCUCUCACGUCUGCCAUGGUGUUGUUCGUGCAUCAUAUUGAGACCUGAGAGUCGCAGAUGUUUGUCAACAUCCCAGAUGUGAUUGUUUUGAAGGGUUUUGUUUCGUGCUGUUGAAGGUCCCUCAAGUUUUUGCUUUUUUCUGCUUCUUGGAAUACACGCUAUAGAUCAUGAAGUUGACCAUCAACAAUAAUCAGGUCUGGUGAGUUUGGUGGCCCUUGAAUUGGUCCACUUUUCCCACACCAGUUGUCUGGGAAGGAGUCAUUGAGAUACUGCUACCUCGCAGCCAAUGACCAGUGUGGAGGACCGCCAUCUUGUAGGUCGUGAAGGCCGUCUUGUGUGUGUUAUUGCAAAACUUACAGUUGAUAGCAUUUGACAGAAUGCAUCAGAAUGGAAAUUGUCCACACCAAAGAAAAAAGGGCCGGACGUUUGUCGUGCAUAAAGCCUGUCCACACAUUGACUUUCGUACACGCUCAUGACCAAUGCUUACAAGAAGACCGUCAGUUCCCCACGCAAUACACUUGUGAAUGUGUAUGUUGACUCACACUAAAUGUUGCUUCAUUCUUGCAAGUUUUUCACUCUAUUUUGUUAAUUACACUACCGUAAUUCAAAACGUGCUGCGGAAUUCUGAAAUCAUUUUUCGAGGUGCCUACACACGUUGCGUAUGAUACGGGCACAUCCUGAGAAUAUUUUGCAGAGGUUUGUGUACUGCUAUGAAGCAAGCCCAGUUCCAGCGAAUGCUCUUUGAGUCAGUAUUUGUAUACUGUGCAUCAUUGCUUCUUUGAAACAUUAUGUGGUUUCUCUGGACGUGGAGAGCCUGAUAAAAAGUGGUUCUAUAUUAAUGUGCCACAGUUUCAAAAUUAUGAUACCAAUGCAACAUUUUUUGGUGGUGAGAUGGCCCAGCAGUAGCACGUUCGCUGUGUUUUGCAGAUGUUUGUGGUUUUAAAUACAGCAGGCCGCCGCCCUGAUUAAUACUAGAGAUGUAUUAACCAUAAAGUAUGUGCCUGCUCAUCAACAGUGGACAUUAAACAUCCCGUGAAGUCAUUCAAACAAGAGAAGGUCAUUGUGUCUUGGAGUCAUGGUCCAAAUGUGGCAAAUGUUAAAAAAAUACUCGCAAAUUACAUAAUUGACAAACACUACAAUCGUUGCUCCCUCCAGUGAAUAUUAGCAGGACCCUCCUGAUAAAGUCUUGACACUCAGUGAGGCUUUCCUGUGUAAACAAGUUUAACAACAAUAAUAAUAAUCAAAUAUUCUGCCUUCAUGGUGUUUUACUUGUCUUUUAAAUUCAAAGUUUUUAUAUGCAUGCCACUUUGAAGGCUUUGCUUGAAAAAUGUUACAUUUAUUUUAUCUUGUAAGGAUGUAAUUUUAUUGGAGGGUACUCAUCUGAUACCUAUCAGUAACGUUUCAACCACAGAGUUCAAACAGCUGUCUACCUUAAUGGAGCAAUACCUUUAUGGACACACUUUACAUUAAGGCUGCACUAUAAAUUGCACACAUUUUAUGCAGCCGACUGGUAUUUAGCUGUGAAAAUAUUGCAUAGGUAAGCACUUUAAUCCAGUAUUGUUGGCAAUUGUUACUCUCUAUUUUGCUAAUGUCUUACCUGUGCAUGUCAUGCACUAUGGAGGGA